UCAUUGUUAAUUUAUACUCUCUUCUGUUUUAUACACCACAAGAGAAAAAAAAAAAGGCACCACAAAAGAAUUAUCCACUUGGGAUGGAAACUGGUAGAUAUGAUGUACAUGUACAGACAAACAAAUGAUUACAAUUUCAGAAAAACUGGAUGAUUUAUUUAAGAGAAAGAGCCUCACAGACUGAGCAAAUCAAUAACACAUUGACCCACCUAUGGCCCUUAUGCAGGCAGUCAUUCGGCUUGGCAUUAAUUGAUAGAUUGUUGGAUGUCCUCCAGAGGGAUAUCAUGCGAAAUGCUGUCCAAUCAGUGCGUUAGAUUGUCAGAAUCUCAAGCUGGUAGGAAGGCCCUGCCUGUAAUGCUCCAUAUGUUCUCAGUUGAGAACAGGUCAGGCCAACAUAGGAUUCGGCAAGAAUGAAGACAUGCAAUAGAAACUCUCGCUGUGUGGGGGUAAGCUUCACCUUGCUGAAAUGCAAGCCCAGGAUGACUUGCCAUGAAGGGCAACAAAAUGGAGUAUAGAAAAUCAUCAACGUGCAGUUGUGCUGUCAUGGUGCUAUGGAAAACAAUCAAAAGGAUCCUGCUUUGAAAAGAAAUGGCAUCCAAGACCAUCACUUCUGGCUAUUGGUCAUAUGGCAGGUGACAAUCAGACACAUCUUCAUUAAUUGUGGAGGCUCAUUUUGAAGUGGGAUGCGUCUACACUGAAAGUUUGAGCACUAUGCUUUAUUUUCCACAAAUAAUUUUGCAAUGUCUGCUGUAUAUACCCCACGCCAUAGCAACUUUGUUGUGACAAAUAUAGUCCAAUGCCUUUGGAAGGUCAAGGACCAUAUAUCUAAUUCUUCUUUGCUCACUUGCUGCUUUGCCUCUUUCAGAAUAUUUAAAAUAGAAUUUCCUAGUCUGUCUUAUAACAAUUUGCACUGUUUUAUGUAAGACCGAUCUGACGGUAACUGAUCUAUAAUUUUCAGCAUUUGAUUGAUCCCUGCCUCUAUGAACAGACAUGAUUUUUAACACUACUUAAACCAUAGUUAAACUUGUCAGUGAUCUCAUCCAGAAAUCCGAACAGCAAGUAACAUAGAAUUUUCCUUUAUUGUGAAUUGUUGUACUAGUAAAAACUGUUGCUAUAGUUUGAGACAUUCUGUUUAGUAAUUCAGUAGCUGUAAGCGAUUGAUUUCAGUUAUAAUUGUUCAUUAUUUACACCUAAUGACAAAUACUUCGUCUGAGGAUAAAAGAUGGAGAUCUUCAGAUUCUAACAAUGUUAGAAAAGGGAACUAGGAGAAGACAGCAACUGUAAGUUAGUGUUUGAAGAAGUGCUGAACAAAGAUCCAAUAUUAUAAGAAAAUUUAAUUAUUUGGAAGACUGGAAUGAAUGAUAGUUGCAUCUGACAGACCUCAUUACAAUACCUUCAGUUUGUAGAAGGCAAUCAAGGCAGAAUGAUGAUGCACAGCUUCGAGGGUGUAGUUUGAACUACAGAGUGAGAACAAAAUGUGACGCCAUUAUGUAUGAAGUUCCUAUGGAGAAAAGCCUUCAUGACAGUGUUUGGAAUAGCAAGGUGAUGAUUAAUGACAGUUAAAAGAUUAAUGAAGUUGUGUGUCUCUCCUCGUGAUGGAAGGGGUAAGCAUGGAAAUAGGCCAUAGAAAGUUAAGGAAGGAGGAGAAAAGGCAGUUGAUAAUCGUACUGAUUCAUUUUAGGGUAGAUUAAGUCAUUGCAGUAAUGACAAAACCAGGAUAUUUUAUCUCCCAAAGGAACUUUCAGUGAAAAAAAAUACACAAAAUGUUCCAGGAAAAAUACCCAAAUUGUGACAUUUCAUGUCAGAUGUAUAGAACAAUAAUCAGCAUCCAAUUCAAUGUAGUGCACACACUCUGUGAUAAGUGCUGAAUGCAAGAGUAUCUGAAAAUUUAGGUAAUGAUAUGAAGAAACAAGCCUGGAAAGAAAUUAAUAUCACCACCAUUGACCACAAGAUUCACAAAGUCAAAGCUGAAACUUUUUAUUCCAGAAAGAGAAAUACGUGUUUAAGAAGGCAAAAUUCUAAUGAAACCGAAGCAAACUUUGUACUUACGAAGUACCACCAUAAUUAUCUCUAUUGCAAAAGGCAGUUGUUUACUCCAUAAAAAUUCAUCAGCUGUCAAAUGGAAUUCUGUUGUUCUACACCUUUGUUGUUGUUUUUCUUAAUCUCUGUGCGACAGAAUUGUUGGACAAGAAAGUCAAACAUAUUUAAUUUUUUAUGAUUCACGUUCAGGCCAGAAUAAGAAUUACACUGUUCCAAGUUAUCUUAAUUAUCCUGUGAGUGAACUAAAACUUCUGAAGACAGUGAAAGUAACUUUUCCUAUUGGAGGACACUUUCGUGGAGUGUGGUAAGAAUAUAAUUUAUAAUAUAAAAGCAGCUGUAGAAGUACCGAUGGGUUAGGUGCGAAUAGUGGUUAAAGCUCAAUGGAGACCUAAACCUUUUGAUGUUGUGAUAGCCAAUCAAGAUUUUAUAAAAAAUUGUUAAUCAUUUCUGCAAAAGAAAAAUUUGAGAAAGUGCUAAAAAGACCCUUUGGUGGGGUAGUAAACAAAAAAAACUGCUCCGCCUCAUUCAACAUCGAGAAACUUAUAAUGUAGCUAUCAUUUCAUUGGUGGUGAGAGCUUCACAGCAACUUCAAGAUCAGCAGCCUGGAGAGUACAUCUCCUGCUUACUAAGGCCCUCUGGCAAUAUCAAAAGAAGAAAAGUAUCAGGACCUCCAUGUUUUGAAGGAGUGUUGUUUUCAAGAAGCUAGUGUGUUUUACACAUACCUUUUACACUAGGCUGAAAAGAAAAAAUGGCUUCUGAUGCAGACUUAAAAGUCAGCAGUCCAGUUGAAACUAUAGAGUCUUUAACGAAAGAGGCAGAAGCACUGAAAGCAAAGCUUGAAGAAGAAAGACAGAAGCUGAAUGACGUAGCAUUGUCAACUGUCGCUGAAAGACUGGAGGUGAUAAAUUAUCUCAACAUCAAACCUCGACGUUUGCUCAAAGGGCAUCAAGCAAAGGUCCUGUGUUCUGACUGGUCACCAGAUAAGCGUCACAUUGUCUCAUCUUCUCAGGAUGGGAAAAUGAUUAUAUGGGAUGCAUUUACAACUAACAAAGAACAUGCUGUUACAAUGCCUACUACAUGGGUGAUGGCUUGUGCAUAUGCUCCAUCAGGAAAUUUGGUUGCAUGUGGAGGUUUAGACAACAAGGUAACAGUAUACCCAUUGAGCCUUGAGGAAGAUGUUUCAACAAAGAAAAAAACAGUUGGUACUCACACAAGUUACAUGUCUUGCUGCACAUUUCCAAAUUCUGAUCAGCAGAUCCUGACAGGGAGUGGAGAUUCUACAUGUGCGCUGUGGGAUGUGGAAUCAGGACAGUUGCUGCAAAAUUUCCAUGGUCACAAUGGAGAUGUAAUGGCCAUUGAUCUUGCUCCCUCUGAGACUGGCAAUACAUUUGUAUCUGGGAGCUGUGACCGGAUGGUUCUCAUAUGGGAUAUGCGAACAGGGCAGUGUGUUCAGUCAUUUGAAGGCCAUCAGUCAGACAUAAAUAGUGUGAAAUUUCAUCCAAGUGGAGAUGCUGUAGCUACUGGUUCAGAUGAUGCAACAUGUCGUUUAUUUGAUCUGAGGGCAGACAAAGAAGUUGCUGUGUACUCCAAAGAGAGCAUCAUCUUUGGUGUUAAUUCUGUGGAUUUCUCUGUUAGUGGGAGGCUUCUAUUUGCUGGAUAUAAUGAUUAUACUGUUAAUGUCUGGGAUUCACUAAAGUGUGUAAGAGUGACUCUGUUGUAUGGUCAUGAGAACAGGGUAUCUUGCCUGCAAGUGUCACCUGAUGGAACAGCUCUUUCUACCGGAAGCUGGGAUUAUACUUUACGGGUGUGGGCAUAGUCAUUAGAAUACCUACUACCAAACCAAAGAUGAUCUGCAUUUAUUAAGUUUAUAAUGAUAAUCCAAAGUCUCAUGUUUGUGUGUCUGAGCUUCAAAAUACUAGUCCCCCACUGAGUGAGAAACCAAAUUAAUUAUGUAUUGGAUUAGUGUAGUUACUCGUACCUUGAAGAAAUGUAAUUUCUGCAUGUGUAAAGUAGUGUGAAAUGUACUGUUUUAAAUGGAUGUAGUAACUAAAUAAAAUUACAUCAGUCAUUAAA